AUGAGCGACAAUAAGGUUGACUCAAUGAAACAUUUUGAAGCGAGAACCUCAUAUAUGUCAUCCUCUAAUACUCUUCACCCUUCUUUUAGCAGGAACCAUGUAGGACUAGAGGUUAUAACCACAUCUGACGACUAUGGGUCAGAAGGGAUGUUUGAGCCUUCCAUAAAGGGUGAAAUUUCUUCUUUAGGGUUGUUAGAUGCCCUUAAAUCAUAUAUUGGAGGGAGAAAAAAUUGCACCGGGAUCCCUAUGCCCAUUUCUAUCUUGUAUGAAGAGGAGAUACGAGUCCAUUUACAAAGAAGGGAUCUUAAUAGAGAUUUCAUUCAGACUCGCUUGUAG